AUGAUUAAGAUAUACUUCACCAUGUGCUCCUGCAAAGGAGUCAGAUUGAUUACUUGGAAGCUUAUUACCAAGAGAUCUGACAUAGAUUCAAUUGAUUACUCAGGAUUGUUAUUAGUAUAUUAGUUUAGCGAGAAGAAGGAGAAAGGUCAUGAUAAAUGUCACUAAAAAGAGAAGCAGAGAGAGCUCAGUCGAAAGCUCAUAGGUUAGAGAAAUGUUUCGAGCACUAGAUCAAUAUAAAUAAAAGUAGUAAUAAUAGCAACAACAUAAAUCCAACCGAUUAUUGAGGUGAAGAUGUUGUCCGAUUAAGAGUCAGUAUAGAGCUAAGAAUUGUUAAGAAAACAAAGGAACUGGGAAUGGUGA